AUGGACAAAGUCUUCAGCCAUCUGACAGGACACUGUGUUGAAGUCUACGUCGAUGACAUGGUCGUCAAGUCCCCAAGCCAUCAACAACACACUAAAGAUUUGGAGGCAGUAUUCUCCGCCCUGCGCCAGUACAAUCUCCGCCUAAAUCCCGAUAAAUGUGUAUUCGGCGUCGACCGGGGGGCAGGUGCCGGCAUUGUACUAGAGGGCCCCAGCGAUAUACUCAUUGAAAAAUCCAUCUAUUUUGCCUUUAAGACGUUUAACAAUCAAGCCGAGUACGAAGCCAUCCUUGCCGGCUUAUCCCUGACCCGCGAGGUUGCUGUCAAGUCACUAACAUGCAAAACCGAUUCCAAGCUUACUAUCGGCCAUUUAAAUGACGAGUUCCAUAUCAAAGACCCCACCCUCCUACAAUACUACCAUCUGGUCCGAAAAGUCGUCCAGUCUGCCUUUGAACAAGUUCGCAUCCAACACAUUCCUAGAUCCGAAAAUGUCAGAGCUGACAUAUUAUCCAAACUAGCCAGCACCAAGUUAAAGAGCCACCACCGAUCACUAUUGCAGCAAACACUGUCCGCCCCUUCCAUCACAAAUACUUGCCAUACCAUAACCCAAUACCAAGCCGACAAUUGGACAACUCCUUACAUUCAGUACCUUCAAACCGACAACCCUCCACCUAACGCUGACAGAACUUGGAUAACUAAAGCCGCCAAGUACAUAAUGAUAGGCAAUGACCUGUACAAACGCAGAUACGGCCAACCACUCCUCAAAUGCGUCACUACAGAACAAGCUCAGUACAUAAUUAAAGAAUUACAUGAAGGCAUAUGCGACUAUCAUUCCGGUGCACGCACCAUGACUACCAGAAUCCUUCGCGCCGGUUACUUUUGGCCAACCAUGGAAGCAGACUGCCAAGACUUCGUCAAAAAAUGCAUACCAUGCCAGAAACAUGGCAACCUUAUCCACCAGAAACAAGAGCAGCUUCACUCUAUACUAUCCCCGUGGCCCUUCGCAAAGUGGGGAAUGGACAUCCUCGGCCCUUUCUCCCCCAGCAAAGGUCAAGUAAAGUUCUUAAUAGUAGUCGUCAACUACUUCACCAAGUGGAUAAAGGCCAAACCCUUAGCCACCAUUACAGCCCAGCAAGUCCAACAAUUCGUUUGGAAGGAUAUUAUAUGCUGGUAUGGUGUCCUACAUACAAUCAUUACCGACAAUGGCCGACAGUUUAUAGAUAAAGAACUUGCUAAAUUCUAUACCGGUCUAGGCAUCAAACAUGUAACUCGCUCUAUUGAACACCCGUAG